AUGGAGGAAGAAACCAUAGCGACAGAUUUAGAUUUACCCGUAAUUCUAGAAGAGUUCGAUUCGAUACCACCACAAAAGAAACGAAACUUGUUUGACAGCGAUGGCAAUAAUUCAAAAGAUAAAAACAAUGAAUUAAAUCAAAUAGAAAUGAGCAAAGAAGACAUCAACUCAUUUCGUUCGUCCUCGUCCUCGGUUUCUUUAUCUUCACAAUCUACGAAAAGAAAACAUAAAGUUGUAGCGAAUUCAACAUCAUCAAUAAAGACACCUUCAAAAAAAACAAAAAAGCAAACACAUAGUUUGGAGAGUGCAGAGUAUUACCUUGAAGAAGGAUUACGCAAGGUUAAACCUUACUAUUUUGAGUUCCAAACUUACGCAAAAGGUCGAUGGAUCGGAAAAAGUAUUUCGAAUGUUUUUUGUACAGAGUUUCGUGAUCAGUCUCCCGAAUAUUAUAAAUCGGCAAUUCGCAAAGGUUUGAUUACAAUAAACGGAAACCAUGUAUCCGCAGAGACUAUUAUUCGAAAUCAAGAUAUAAUAGGACAUGAGAUUCAUCGACAUGAACCACCUGUUACUGGACAAUCGAUUGCCAUCUUGAAAGUUGAUAAUGAUAAUGGUGUUCUGGCUAUCGAUAAGCCGGCUAGUAUACCAGUUCAUCCCACUGGAAGAUAUCGACACAACACAGCUCUUCAUAUUUUACGAUCAGAGCAUGGAUUUAUGAAUCUAUUUCCCGUAAACCGACUGGACCGUCUCACAUCCGGGGUCGUGAUUCUCGCACUCAACAAAUCAAAGGCACAAGAACUAGAAAAACAAAUGCGAGAUAAAACUAUCAAAAAAGAGUAUAUUUGUCGCGUGGUUGGGAAAUUUCCUGACGGGGAAAUCAUAUGUGAUAAACCAAUACGCAUUGUUUCUCAAAAACUCGGAUUAAAUAUGGUUCAUCCGGAUGGUAAAUCAUGUACGACUGUCUUUGAACGAGUUAGUUAUAAUAGAAAAACGAGUGUGGUGAGAUGUAAACCAUUGACAGGUCGUACACAUCAAAUCCGAGUACAUUUGCAAUAUCUCGGUCACCCAAUUGCAAACGAUCCAUUAUAUGCAAAUACUAGAAUCUGGGGAGAAAAUUUAGGCAAAGAAGGUGUUACACAUGAUUUAGAACUCACUAAAGAAAUAAUAGAGAAAUUGACUAUGGAAGGCCAAAGUGAGACUCUCGAUCAUGAUGGUGAAGAGGAACAAGUGAUGAUGGUUAAUGAAGAAAGCAAUAGAAAUGAUGAGAUAAAUAAUAUCAAUGAUUCUACUUCCAAUCAGCAUCCUUGUGAUAAUGAUAAACAUGAUCAAAAAGAAACGAAAAAAUCAUUCUAUGAAUGUGGAUGUGUUAAAUAUCCGGAUCCAUUACCACAUCAAUUGUCGAUAUGGUUGCACGCAUUAAAAUAUCAGGGAAUUGAUUGGGAAUAUGAAUCAAAUCAGCCUGCUUGGGCAAGUAAUGAUUUUUCGGAGGAUGGAGUCUAUAUUGUCUGA